GUUCACUGGAUUCCGCGCGCAACGUCAAAAAAAUGGACAGCAGCGCGCUGCGCCAUCGAUGUCGUCUCGCGUGUUCAUUCGCUGACACUACCGCCGGAAGUAAGGAGGUUGGAUUCGGAAACGUGUUGUUUUAGCGGGAAGUGCUGCUAAAUUACAGAACUAAGUGAUCAACAAGGUGCAUUUCUUGUGAAAUACUGCACAUGUAUAAUUUUUUUACUUUUUACUUAUAAAAAGGUAAACAACGAUUUGCGCGAUGGGUGUGCACGACCUGUGGUCUAUUCUAGGGCCGGUUCGGGAGUCGGUGCCGUUGUACAGCCUCACCGGAAAGACCCUGGCCGUGGACCUUAGCCUGUGGGUCUGCGAGGCCCAGCACGUCCAAGCAAUGAUGGGGAAAGUCACCAAACCUCACCUCCGAAAUCUGUUUUCUAGAGUUUCCUCUCUCACACUGAUGGGGGUAAAGCUAGUUUUUGUCAUGGAGGGAGAGGCUCCCAAACUCAAAGCAGAGACCAUGAGCAAGAGGACAGACAUGAGAUUUGGGAGGUUCGACAAGUCAGCCCCUAAAAAACAAACUACAAAAACCACCAACAGGGGUCGCUUCAAUGCUGUGCUGAGAGAGUGUGCAGAGAUGCUGGACUGUCUGGGUGUCCCCUGGGUGACAGCGGCAGGGGAGGCCGAGGCCAUGUGUGCCUUUCUGGAUGCCCAGGGCCUGGUGGACGGCUGCAUCACCAACGAUGGGGACGCUUUUCUCUACGGAGCGCAGACAGUCUACAGAAACUUCAACAUGAACACCAAGGAUCCACAGGUGGAUUGUUACAGGACUUCUAGGGUGGAGACAGAGCUGCAGCUAGCCAGGGAGACACUUGUGGGUCUGGCCAUCCUUCUGGGCUGUGAUUAUAUUCCUAAGGGUAUACCAGGAGUUGGAAAAGAGCAAGCUCUGAAACUCAUACAGACAUUGAAAGGACAAACACUUUUACAAAGAUUCAGCCAGUGGAGGGAGGAGGGCGUGGUUGCGCCAGAGUGGGUCCUAAAGAAGGUCCCUCACUGCCAUUUGUGUCGCCAUCCUGGGUCAGCCAAGGCUCACGAGCGCAGUGGCUGUGUGUUGUGCGACAGCAAGCACUUCUGUGAGCCUCAAGACUAUGACUACCAGUGUCCUUGUCACUGGCACUGCUGUGAGCAGACACGACGGGCCUCUUCAACAGAUGCCAGCAUCAGGAAGAAAACACUGGCAAGUGAUAAAUUCCCUUUUACAGAGAUCAUAAAUGAAUUUCUGGUAGACAAAGACAAGCCUGUCCACAAUUUCAAAUGGAGGAAACCGAACCUGCUAUUAAUGCAGAACUUUGCGUACAAUAAGAUGGAGUGGUCUAAACACUAUACCAGUGAGAAGGUUCUGGUCCUGAUGACGUACACUGAGCUGAUGAACAGAAAACAUGGAAGAACGACGUCGUCUCUGAUAAAACCUCUACGUAUCUGGAAGCCAAGAGUAAGGAAUACAAUCGCCAGCUUUGAAAUCAUCUGGAGUAAGCCAGAUCACUAUGUGUUUUCUGAGGACCACCCUGAGGACAGCCAGGACGAGGUGAGGACGGUGGAGGAAGAGGCUCUGUUCCGCCUGGCCUACCCACAUGUGGUGGAGCUGUACCUCAGUGAGAAGGCUGAAAACAAGACCAAGAAGAAGAAACCAAAGGGUAAGAAAGACAAGCCUUCGGAUCACUGUGAUGUUUCUGACCUCCUGGCCAAGAUGUCUUUGCACAGUUCCACUGCUGACAACAACACCCAACAACCCUCUGCCGUGGCAGCAGCACUGACCAUUACAACAAGUAACAACUCAGUGUUGGUCCUGGAGGGUCCAGAGUCAGAGUCUCCAAAAAAGCAUCUGGAUCCUGGUAAAGACCAUCCCCGCUUAGAAGUACGUCUGUCACCUCCGUCUUUCUCUGGGAAGAUUCCAGAAGCAGCGGCCUCCUCUCCGUCUGUUUCCGUGGUGAUGGAUGCUCUUCACCUGAGUGACAUCGACUGGGAGUCUCAGUCAUUCACGUCCUCCCCACCCGCGCAGGCUGCUGGCGCUCACACUGCCACUGACCCCAAGUCACUCCAAACCACAAAUGAUAGUGUUGAAGAAAGGAUCACAAAACUGGGCCCCUCUACUGAUCUCAGAGCAGCAGAGGCCGUACCAGGGCCAUGUUAUGCAGAGUGUUCGCUGAGGGAUAGGGUCCUAAUGAGAAACACAUGCAAGUCUGUGAACAUGGCGGACAAUGAUGACGUCACCAUCAUACAGGUAAACUCCCAGUCAGCAACACCCCCUGAUUUAAUUGAUUCUAACAACAGUGGCCCCAAGCCAAUGGCACUGAUACCCAUUAAAAGCAGCAAAGAUUCCAAGCCAUCAGAACAGCCGCUGGUGUGUGGCAAGAAAGCCACACUUGUUAAAAAGGACCAGAGCAUUGCAUUGCUCCAUAAGCCUCAACCUGCUCAUCACAUCUCAAAACCUAUCUCAUUGAACUCAACACAAACAGGCCCAGUCACAGCAACACAAACAGGCCCAGUCACAGCAACACAAACAGGCCCAGUCACAGCAACACAAACAGGCCCAGUCACAGCAACACAAACACAAGGGGCUAAACAACAUGGUGCCGGUGAACCAAAGCCUCCACAGAAGUACAGAUUCGUAAAGAAGGCCAUAUCAUCUUCUUCCGCUCUGCCACAAAGGAGCCACUCUGAACCUAGCGACACACAGCCUGGUCGGGAUGACAGGAACAUGAAGUCACAUCAAGAAACCAAGAAGAGUGUGUGUGCCAGAGUGUGUUCAUCGAGUGAGGACAGUGACACAGAGACCCAGUGUCGGGGAGGAGGGCAGAGCAGGGCCAAAGUCAAACCCAAAAGCAGGCACAGGUGCCAAUAUCUCACAGACUACUCACUGAAACCCACCUCCAAACCCAGCACCUCUACAAAGGCAGCCUGGGACACAGUGACAGCCCAGCCCCUCUGGCCGAGAGCUGUGUCUGCCAGUAUGGGUGAACAACCAAUACGAGGCAGCUCUGUGUCUACCAUAGAGAAGUGCCAGGAUGUUCAUCCAAUUAGAGUUGAUGAUGACAUUGUGUUCAUUCCAAGCCCCGUUUCCCCAGUGACUAUGUCUGAUGGUGAUGACUCAGUGAUUUGCAGCAAGAGCCCACUGCCAUUGGCAGAGAGGGUGAAGCUGAAGUUCCUGAAAUGAGUGAUGUGAUCUACCAGAGGUGUUAGGACAGAAAAAAUAAAUACUAUUUCCUAAUAUUAUUUAAUAGUAUUCUAUCAACUUUAUCUAGUUUGUUCAGUAAGUGUAUUUUUAACCUUUGAUAUUGGCCUUUCCUUUUGUCUUCUAUGUACACAAUUGUAGUUUUCUGCUGCUAUAUCUUUAAUGGACUUACAGUAUGAGAUGGAGAAAUAUUUUACUCAUGCAGUUAGGGAGAGGGCAUGUAGAAAUGCUCAUGUUCUGUGAUAAUGUUUUAUUUUUAUAAAACCCUAUACUUUUCAAUGUUUUUCUGUAUUUAUUUUGAAUAUUCCACAGCUCUCAUGUAAUGAUUGGACUACUAAGGUACUGAUGCAAAUGCGCAAAAUGUAAAAGUUUGGACAACAAGGCUCUCCAAAUGGAAGAGACAAUCAUUGACCAAAUAAAGGUACAAUAACUUUUA